GAUGGCGUCCAAUGACGUCAUUAACCUCGUUUUGAGUUCACAUAGCUUGAAUUCUUUACAUUCCACAGCUCAAUCAAAAAUGGCGAUUGACUUGUACAGGUUGAUUGGUGUUGUUGUUAGCGCUUGUGUUUCUAUCUUUCUUCUACUGGUGGUACAGGCGAUUUUAGUUUUUAGAAAACUGAAACCAAAGUCAAGUCGGAAGGGCCGCAAUGGAACGGUUGUCCUUCAUCAAAUGCCACCAAAUAACAGAGUUUUAAAUGUCUCUCCACCGUGUCUCAAGUUAGAAGCGUACUUAAGAAUGAACAAUAUCCCUUAUGAGAGCGAUUACAGUUUCAAUAUGUCGAGUAAAGGGAAAGUUCCAUGGAUAGAAUACAAUGGAAAGUCCGUUGCUGAUUCUAACUUUAUAAUCCGUUUCCUCAACGAAGAAUUUCAAUUUGACCCAGAUGCCCAUUUGAGUGUUGUGGAAAAAGCUAUUGCACACUCGAUGCUGGUCACACUCGAGGAGAAUACUUACUGGACACUAAUAUAUCACAGCUUUGUGGCUGAUCUCACGGAUACAAGAAGAAUGUCACCCUUGCUUGGAGUGAUGCCCAUUCCAUUGAAACAUAUCGUGUCUUGGUUUGUAUCUUACCACAUGGGUCGGUCCCUGUGGAGUCAUGGAAUAGGACGGCACUCUAGACAAGAAAUUUACAGCAUUGCAGAGAAAGACUUGAGGGCUGUGUCGCAGCUGUUAGGAAAGAAAAAGUUUGUGAUGGGUAACAAGCCAUGCCUUCUUGAUGCUGCACUGUUUGGAUUAGUUGCAGUGUUUCUCUGGAAUAUUCCACACAGUCCACAGGCUAAAUUGAUUCGAUCACAGUUAAAGAACUUAGAGGCACACUGCUAUGCUAUAAAAGAAGAUUACUUUCCAGAUUGGGAUCAUUUAAUACUUAAACAUAAACAGUCUCCUUAAAUACACCUAAUAUGAAUCAAAUUUACCUACAGUUAUGAUAAUCAUAUUUAAUAAUACGUCUUAAACCAUAAAGUAAUCAUUUCUGCUAGUCUUGCAUAUAGAAUUGCUGAAAUGAUAAAAUAUCAAUUUUAUCAUACACCAAUCAGUAAAUACAUGUAGAGACAAAACUUGACCUGGUUAUCAGACUAGAAGUUAUUGUCAUUUUUGCAUACAUUAGCAACACCAGAACUCCAGAAAAUACUAUGCCCCUUAUUACACACAAAACUGUCUGAUUUCAAACCUAACAGACUAACAUUUUGCAAAGAAGUCUAGGGGCUUAUAAACAAUUUAAAAAGUAGGAAUCAUUUAACUGUGUAUUGUACACAUUGAUAAAAUACAACUGUAUGUUUA